AUGGGCAAGCCGCGGAUGAUUAUCCUCGUCCGGCAUGCCCAGUCCGAAGGAAACAAGAACCGCGACAUCCACCAGUUUAUACCAGACCACAGGGUCAAAUUGACACCUCAUGGCCAGAGCCAGGCAGAGGAAGCCGGCAGACAACUCCGCUCUCUGCUUAAGCCAGAUGAUACACUCCAAUUCUUUACGUCACCCUACCGUCGCACGCGAGAAACUACCGAAGGCAUCCUCAAAACUCUCACCUCCGACGAUCCGACCCCUUCUCCAUUUCCACGUCAUAAGAUAAAGGUCUUCGAAGAACCUCGAUUGCGUGAACAGGACUUUGGCAACUUUCAACCGUGCUCGGCCGAAAUGGAGAGAAUGUGGCAAGAAAGAGCUGAUUACGGGCAUUUUUUCUAUCGAAUUCCUCACGGAGAGAGCGCCGCAGAUGCAUACGACAGGAUAAGCGGAUUUAAUGAGAGCAUGUGGCGCCAAUUUGGAGAGGAGGAUUUCCCCAGCGUCUGUGUGCUCGUGACACAUGGACUCAUGACAAGGGUAUUUCUUAUGAAAUGGUACCAUUGGUCUGUUGAAUACUUCGAAGAUUUGCGAAACGUUAACCACUGCGAAUUCAUCGUCAUGAAACAGAAUCCUACAAACGGAAAAUAUAUAUUGCAAAACGAACUUCGUACAUGGUCAGAACUCAAGCGAAGAGCGGCCGCCGCAAACCCGACGGGGCAAACUCCAAUUUCAAGUACCCCUAGUAAAGGUUUACCAGCCCCAGGAGUCUUGCAUUCUUCUCCUACCAUCCCGGUGCGCCGCUGGGGAGGUUGCGCAACUGGUUGCACUCAUGACAAGAUGAACUGGCCCCGCCGGGCCAUGCGCAAGAACACCGCCGACUACAUGGGCGGUACAUUGCCAGCGCCAGCACUUCCUAGCGGCAUCAUUGAGGACGAAAAAGACGAUCACCCAAUCGCUUCUCAAGAAGCUGAGCACACUCCGACCAUUGCCGAACCUACGCCUUCAAAGUUAAGUCGGAAGCCAAGUACUAAGACUAUCCCUGGUCCUGCGAUGCCCCUUACGCCCGCUUCCCCUAAUGACGCAUCGGACGAUUCUUUUACUUCGGAUGAUGCAGCGGGCAGUAGUGACGGCGACAAGGCUACAGCCUCGGUUCCACGUACACAGCAGAAUCCUGCCCCGAGAACUGCAGCGAUCAUGAGGCACUUGCAUCCGCCUCCGGGUGUAGCUCGCACUCGAGCUUCUGGUGAUGGAUUCUCGGACGACUCGGACUACUUCCCAGGCAUGCAACAUGCACAUGCUUACUCGUCGCCCUCGAAAACGACUAAUGGGAAUCAUGGGCGAUCCAGACUGCGGGCUAGUUCGAAGCAUCGGCAACAGAGUAAAGAAACCAAACUUGCUCGUAGAAUGAGCGAAAAGAAUUGGAUGGAGGAAGGUGGCCUAGGUUCCGGUGCUCGAGCUGAUACUCUCGGCGAUGGCAACGAGACAGGCAACGAGACAUGUUCUGCGGAUCGAACCGACUCACCAGCUACUAAUAAUCACUCCGAAAAGCCAAUACUGCGUGAGGCGUUGAAGGGCGACAUGAUCGUGGAGAACGGCGAAGAUGAGUCCGAAGAUGGAUCUGACAAGCUGGCCAUGCUUGCAGCGCAACAUAAGGUGGGGGAGAAGGAUAUAGAACGAUUCAAGGAGGAGGACAGGAAGGGAUUCAGCGAAAUUUAUUAA